AUGAGCGAAGAAAGCAAGUGGAACAUCCCCGAGGGCGAGUUUUGUAUCUAUGGCACGGUUUACGCUGACCCUAGACACGCCGAUGAGGUCGAGGCUAUUUACAAAGAGACGACCAGACUUGCCCAAUUCGAGGAUGGUAUUGUGUACUACUGUCUCUCACGCGAUCAAGAUGACCCUUCAAUAUUCCACUUCUUCGAACGGUACAAAUCCAAAGCUGCUUUCGACCAACAUAACCAACAGGACAUAAUCCAGAAAUUCAUCAAGAGUGGCUGGAUGAAGGAUGUAAAGGCAGUUUUCGCCAAGCCCAUCACACCAUGA